UCCCAAAAUAAAUUGUUAUCGGUUUCCUUUUCAAAAUUAUACUGUACGUCACUGUCUGAGUGGAUGCUGCAUCGUUACUGCCGGUUAAAUAACAGUUUGCACUAAUCAAUCUGCAAGCCAAACAUUGAAUUCGUAUAACUAUAAAUCGGACUGACUCGUAACGACGGUUUUAGGCUGGGAAACACUCGAAAGAAGCUACAGAAAAUAGUCAAUUUCAGAAGUAAAUAUGAAUGUACAGAAUGCAGGGAAUAGAAAAUUUAAAGUCAAUGUUAGUGGUGGGCAUGUCCUUUGUGGUGAUAAUUCAAGAAUGGAUGUCACAUACAGAACAGGUAAUAAAACAAGAUAUCACACAUUGUCAUCAAAAUCAACUUUUGCAAAAAUUACUGGUCCAGAUCAAUUGAUAUCAUCAAUACCUUACACUGUAUAUUCUCAACUCAGUGCACUGUUGAUAAGAGACCGAAUAGAUUUAGCAGCGAAACUCUUCAACUUGACACUAGAAGAGGCAAUAUCACUAAAAGACAACACAGACCAUGAAUGCCAUGGUAUGGAUGCAAUUUUCCAACUGAUGAAGGAACGCAACGUGAAUCUUGGCCACCUGGUGGAAGUGUUGAGGGAGAUGCAGAGGUAUGAUGCCCUUAGUGUCCUCAUUAAAGCUGGCUAUCCUGACCAUCCAGAUCUUCAUCCAAGUGUUUCAGAGGAGGAGAGCUCAGAAGAGGUGUUAACCCUGUUGCAGAUGGGAAGCAGCCAUGUGAACCCCUGA